AUGCCGCCCACAGAACAAGCAUUCCUCACCGCCCGCGAAGCGCUCCGUCUCACCUUAUCAGAGCGAGAGGGCGACCUUGCUCACGCAUUUGCCAACUAUCCGGACAAAGUCGCUUGGUUAGCCCACUUCAUCGAGUGUCUUGACAGGAGCAAGAAGGGACCAUUUCCGGAGCAGCACGUAUUGAAGUCUGAUGUCGAGGCCGGAUACAUCUUCAGAGGUCCAGUUACAUUUCGCGUUGAUGUCCAACAGACCGAGAAGAGCCACGCCGAGGCAACUCUUGAGGUUCAUGGCCGCACCAAGAUACACGUCGAGAAGAUACCGGAAUGGGCGGGAUAUGAAAUCAUUCCUUCUAGGCAUCUGCUCCGUCAUCAUGAGGACUGGCUGCGAGUGAUGCGCAGAACCGAAUAG